UCUUCUUCUUGAAAAAGCUUGAGAGAGAUAAACAAAGCACGAUGCUUUUUCAGGUGGGAGGCCAAGGCACUCGCCCCACCUUCUUCGAGAUGGCCGCCGCCCAGCAGCUCCCCGCCAGCCUCCGCGCCGCCCUCACCUACUCCGUCGGCGUUUUGGCUCUGCGGAGGCCGUUUCUGCAUAGAGUUCUGGACUAUGAGGACGAGUUCUUCGCUUUCCUCAUGCUCAUUCUCGAGACUCACAGCUUGAGGACCACAGAUGCUUCGUUUUCGGAGUCGUUGUAUGGGCUGAGGAGGAGGGCUGUGAAGGUGAAGGUGCAGAAGGACGAUGCGAGGUUGAACUUGGGUGAUGAGUUUCAUCAUUCUGGGUUGGAGAAGAGGCAGAAGGUUCUCUCUGUAGUGUUCUUGGUUGUGUUGCCCUACUUCAAGUCAAAAUUGCAUGCAAUCUAUAAUCGAGAAAGGGAAGCCAGACUGCAAGCAACUUUAUGGGGGGAUAGUGGUGAAAGAUUUGACGAUGUUGGCAUAUUUGAUAGAGGCGAGGAUUCUGGUGUUUCUAGAGGAAGUUUGGAUGUGGAAGCAUCAGUUAGGAUACGUUUGGCAAAGAAGAUCCAGAGAUUGAUAGGUGCUUGCUACCCAUGGGUGCAUGCUAGUAGUGAAGGAUUUUCGUUUGCUUACCAGAUGUUAUACUUAUUGGAUGCAACGGGAUUUUACUCUUUAGGAUUACAUGCGCUUGGGAUUCAAGUUUGUCGAGCUACUGGGCAAGAGCUGAUGGAUACUUCUUCUAGAAUUUCGAAAACAAGGAGCCGUGAACGUGGGAGACUACGUGGUCCUCCAUGGUUGAAGGCAGUACAGGGAGCAUUGCUCAGUGGUACAUACACGGUCCUGGAUUAUGCACAGACUGGUUUGAUUGCAGCAGUGUUCUUUUUUAAGAUGAUGGAAUGGUGGUACCAAUCUGCUGAAGAGAGAAUGUCAGCUCCAACCAUAUACCCCCCACCUCCCCCACCUCCUUCUCCCCAGGUUGCCAAAGAGGGGAUUCCGUUGCCUACCGAUAGAACUCUGUGUCCUCUCUGCUCACAAAAACGUGCGAAUCCAUCUGUAAUUACAGUUUCUGGGUUCGUCUUUUGCUAUGCUUGUGUUUUCAAGUAUGUUACUCAGUAUAAGCGAUGUCCAGUCACAUUGAUGCCUGCUAACGUUGAACAGAUAAGAAGGCUCUUCCAUGAUGUGUAGAAAACCCAAAUUGGUAAGUGGUAACAUAUAAAAGGAGAAACAAUAUAGUUCCUCUUCCAGAGGGCUGGUAAUGGAGUCAAACAUGAAGCUGAUGCUAGGAUGUAGUAUGGGGGAGAUAGAAAGAAGAAUAUAGUUAUUCCCUCUUUUUCAUCAUUUCGGUACUAUGUAUUUCUGAUGUAUGGUAAGUUUGCAGAUUUACGAAACUUUAGCACUAUUUGGUGCAAUUUGAAUGAGAUCUUUAGGUAUC